ACUAGUGGGACCGACUCGCGCGCCUCCGAGCCUCCGAACUCUCGCAAGCGGCGGUUGUAUAUCGUCGUGCUGCGCGUGCUACGGUCGUGUUGUUAUACCGCCGCCGCCGUCGCGUUACGUCGUAGUAGUGCUUCUCGUACGGUGACAACUCUGUGCCACGAGUGAAUUUUUUGAUCGACGAAAAUUGAAAGAAAUCGCAGGAAAACAAGAGAGAGAGAGAAAAGAAAGAAAAUAGAGAAACGGCCGAAGCAACCCCCUCGCUGUUUUUCAUCUUCGUUAACCGAGAGUGAAAUAAGAGGAAGAAGUUUGCGGGUGCAGGUUGGUCGAGUACCGAUGGGUAUCUCACCUUGGCCAAGGUAGUUCUCUUUCCGUUUCCUUCUCCCCCGGUUCUUUUUUUUCUUUCGACGUUCACCCCCGCAGCAUCGUGACACGCCACUUUGGAUGGGUGCCAACGAUCCCCGGCAACGCACCGGGUACCUCGUCACGACGAUAUUGGCGGCAGUCCAAGUGCACCCAGUGGUUACGUACUACCUGCGCUGCCCCAAUGUUCUUACCGUCGCCGUUUAGAAUCCGAUCACGUGUGACGUGUGAGAGAGUGCGUCGAAGGAUUAGGAAUUUUCGGGGGUGAACGGCCACCGUCGUUGUUCCCUCGCAAUUGCAAUCGGAGUGUACCCGAUGCGAGCUAGGAGUCUAUUCGAUCGCGUGCUCGUGCGGCCGAUCGGUGGUAGUUCCGAGCGAAUUGAACGCGACCGCGGCCUAGUGUUCACGUGUACGCAACAGUGCGCGAAACAAUCGAAGGUGCACGAACGGUUCGACCACGGUUCCAUUUUCAGUGAACGAUCCCGUUCUACGCGCUCGUCGCCGCGCCGACCAACGUGUAUAGAGGAAGAGUAAUGUGUCGUGUCGAUUGUAUUUCGCGGUCCCCGCCGAUCUGACGUACGCGUACGCGCGCACGGGCUGGUACACUGGCCGACGAUCGAUCAGUUUACGAGAGGAAAGUAAACAUUGUUUUCGUGUACGCGUAACAGUGCAGAAAAUCGUCGAGUGAGACGGCGUGCUAGAAGGCGCUAGUGGGUGAAAAUUAAUCCUCGAAGAAGACAAAUCACACGAUACGGAAGAGAGGAGUCGCUGGAUGCAAGGAUUUUGAAAGUAGCUCCAGAAGGCCAGCCCGACGCAAUGCGUCGACGCUGCUGACGCAACGCGCCUGGAUGCGUCUCACUUUAAGCACGUUACCACAGUUUGCCGUUUUAGCGAAGAUUUUGUGCCUCCUGAUGGUGGUGAUGUGCGGGGCGGUGCCGGCAAUGGUGCGCUCCGUGAGUCUGUACUCAACUUGUAGCAGCGGCAAUGUUACCGUAAUUGGCCGCUCGAUCAAAGCCAUAGGACGCGAUGAUCACAAUGCACCCUACCAAAAACUUACGACACAAUCUGAAGAUUUCACUAGGAGAUUAUACAUCUUCGCGGAAAAGAGCCAGCGAUACAUUUGCUUCAACAAACGGUGGAAACUCGUCGGCCUGCCUAAGAAACAGAAAGGUCCGAUGUGCCAGUUCAACGAGCUCUACAACGGUUCGUACUUCAGGUACCGAAGCGUGGUGGACAAUUCGCGGUUUUUAGGCUUCAACAAGUUCGGCAAGCCGAUGAAGAACCCCCGCGGCCGGCAAGAGUGUUUCAAUUUCAUCAAGUACAACCCCCAUGCUGACAUAAAUCAUCACAACAGUCUGGUGAACGCGGACAUGGGUGGGAUCGAUCCGCGAGAUCCGUACUUUGGCUCGAAAAAGCCGUCGCCCGUGAUGAGGGCCACGAAGAAUUCCCUGUUGCAGGUCGACAGUACGAGGGAGAUCAUCCAUACGACGCAUCGUUAUCGGCACUCGAAUCGCUGGAAGAUGCGCCAGGAUGAAAAGGUUUCGGCACCUCGAAGACGGCCCGAAAGUCGGCUGUUCGUCGAGGCCAGCAAGUAUUGAGCCGCAUGUAUUGGCUCGCCGAUCAAGACUGCCUCCUCCAUACCUGUGAGAACCUGAGAUCAGACUGCCAAAUACGCUGGUAGAACGUACGGUCGAGAUGUCAGGGACCCACUAAAGCGGCAUCACUUGAAACGCGGCGCGAAGCACGCGCUUCGAUUGAUCGCAACGAUUAAAGCUGGCUCGCCCUUCCGUGUCUCCUGCCGGCUCGUGUACGGCCUUCCGACACACCGACGACUUCGUUCGAGGUAAACAACGAAAAUUAUUCACGAAACCCGGUGUACGAACCAGCAGGAAGACUACGUUACCGGACACACGGAGCUUUCGUUACGCGUCGUUAGAUUCUAUUUCACACACACUUGCCCCGACUGAAUCCUUUCAGGCAAGUUACGCGCGCUAUCAUUAAUUUCCCUACCCCUUUCGUUCCAUCGCUAAAUCUUUUUCACGCGAUUAGUUGACAGCGUCUGUCAUCGAUCAUUUCCCCUUUCAUUUUCACCAAUCGUCUCUUUCUCUCCCUCUCUCCUUCCGUCCCUGCCUCCCUCUAUCUCUUUCUCUUUCUCUCUCUCUCUCUCUCUCUCUCAUCUAUACACACACAUACACAUACUGUCGUUGUCCGUUUAGUUCGAGACCAAGGGAAGUAGACAAGAGUCUCGAGGGUACGCGAAUUCGUUAGAAAAAGUCUAGAUACCCGACGGUUGUUUAGCGGUGGAGGAAGUGUACCUUGUAUGCGAUCGGCCUAAAUCGUUGCACAAUCGGACAGCUUGUGCUUCAACUAUUAUCUCAAGACCGCGAUUGACGCGUGGAGAGACACAACGCGGACGACUUGCGCCGAUAGAAAUGUUUCCUUCGAUUCCAAGGUUUUCGAGUCGAAACGUUUACCCGUGGCCCCCGACGUUCAACGGAUCGUCCGAACGAACAUGAAAAAUCGAUGAUGAAAUUCGGUCGCGUGAUAACCUUAAUAUUCUGAUUCACAUCGUUUGCGUCGGAUUCGCCAAGUACACCAUGACAAAUCGUGUUCGGGUCCGUUACGUCGAAACGCCGACGGCACGGGACUUGUUUUAAGGAAGGAAGGAAGCGUUUCUAGGGAAGUCGGGCGCUGGAAGAACG